UUGGCACAGAAUGAAUAUAAUUAGAGAAAACAGAGAUCUUGCUUGUUUCUACACAACGAAACAUUCAUGGAGGGGAAAGUAUAAACGAGUCUUUUCAGUUGGAACUCAUGCCAUCACCACAUACAAUCCCAACACAUUAGAAGUUACAAAUCAGUGGCCUUAUGGAGAUAUCUGUAGUAUUUCUCCUGUUGGAAAAGGACAAGGAACAGAGUUUAGUCUCACUUUUCGCAAAGGGAGUGGAAAAAAGUCCGAAACUCUUAAAUUUUCCACAGAGCACAGAACAGAACUCCUUACAGAGGCACUGAGAUUCAGGACAGACUUCUCAGAGGGAAAAAUCACAGGACGGAGGUAUAACUGCUAUAAACAUCACUGGAGUGAUACGAGGAAACCUGUGAUUCUGGAGGUGACUCCUGGAGGUAUUGACCAAAUUGAUCCUGCAACAAAUAAAGUCCUGUGCUCCUAUGACUACAGAAACAUUGAAGGCUUUGUUGAUAUUGUUGGCUAUCAGGGAGGCUUCUGUAUCCUAUGUGGAGGAUUUAGUAGAUUGCACCUCUUUGCUUCUGAGCAGAGGGAGGAAAUUAUCAAAAGUGCAAUAGAGCACGCAGGCAACUUCAUCGGUAUCUCUCUGCGGAUAAGGAAGGAAUCCCUAGAAUUUGAGCAAUACUUGAAUCUUCGCUUUGGAAAAUACAGCAAUGAUGAAUCUGUAACAUCUUUAGCAGAGUUUGUUGUUCAAAAAAUAACACCUAGACACUUGGAACCUGUGAAAAGACUACUAGCUCUUACAGAAGCGUGCUUAGUUGAGCGGGAUCCAGCUACCUAUAACAUUGCAACUUUGAAACCUUUAGGCGAGGUAUUUGCAAUAGUAUGUGACUGUGAAAACCCCCAGCUUUUUACCAUUGAAUUUAUCAAAGGACAAAUUCGGAAAUACUCCUCAACAGAAAGAGAUUCUCUCCUAGCUAGCUUGUUGGAUGGCGUGAGAGCUUCUGGCAAUAGAGAUGUCUGUGUGAAAAUGACCUCCACACACAAGGGCCAGCGUUGGGGAUUACUUAGUAUGCCUGUAGAUGAAGAAGUAGAGAGUCUUCAUCUGAGGUUUUUGGCUGCACCUCCAAAUGGUAAUUUUGCAGAUGCUGUGUUCAGGUUCAACGCUAACAUCUCCUACAGUGGGGUACUACAUGCAGUUACACAAGAUGGUCUGUUCUCAGAAAACAAGGAGAAACUCAUUAAUAAUGCCAUAACAGCAUUGCUCUCACAAGAGGGAGACAUUGCAGCAUCUAAUGCAGAGCUAGAAAGCCAAUUCCAAGCAGUAAGGCGACUAGUGGCUUCAAAAGCGGGUUUCCUUGCCUUUACUCAGCUUCCAAAAUUUCGAGAACGAUUAGGAGUGAAGGUUGUGAAAGCCCUCAAAAGGAACAAUGAUGGAGUAACCCAUGCCUCUAUUGACAUGCUUUGUGCUCUUAUGUGUCCCAUGCAUGAUGACUAUGACCUGAGGCAGGAGCAAUUGAACAAAGCUUCCCUUCUUUCUUCAAAGAAGUUUCUAGAAAAUCUACUAGAGAAAUUCAAUUCCCAUGUGGAUCAUGGGACAGGUGCCCUAGUAAUUAGUUCCCUUCUGGACUUCUUGACAUUUGCCCUGUGUGCCCCAUACAGUGAGACUACUGAGGGGCAGCAGUUUGACAUGUUGUUGGAAAUGGUGGCAUCUAAUGGAAGAACACUAUUUAAGCUCUUUCAGCACCCUUCCAUGGCAAUUGUGAAAGGAGCAGGUUUGGUAAUGAAGGCGAUAAUAGAGGAAGGAGACAAAGAAAUUGCUACCAAAAUGCAAGAUCUUGCCCUCAGUGAAGGUGCCUUACCUCGUCACUUGCACACUGCUAUGUUUACAGUAAGCACAGAUCAGAGGAUGCUUACAAAUAGGCAGUUAAGUAGACAUUUGGUGGGCCUCUGGACAGCUGAGAACAAAACUGCUAUGAACUUGUUGAAACGUAUUUUGCCACCAGGUUUGCUGGCAUACCUUGACAGUGCUGAUCCUGUUCCUGAAAAAGAUGCCGAUAGGAUGCAUGUUAGAGAUAACUUAAAAAUUGCAACUGAUCAGUAUGGCAAGUUCAAUAAAGUCCCGGAGUGGCAGAGACUUGCUGGAAAAGCUGCGAAGGAAGUUGAAAAAUUUGCCAAGGAGAAGGUGGAUCUAGUCUUGAUGCACUGGAGAGAUAGAAUGGGCAUAGCUCAAAAAGAGGACAGAAACAAUAUGAACAUUAUUCAAAAGCCAGUGAUAUUAAGGAAACGACGCCAAAGAAUAAAAAUAGAAGCAAACUGGGAUCUCUUCUAUUACAGAUUUCUUCAAGACCAUGCUAGAUCAAACUUGAUUUGGAACUUCAAAACACGGGAAGAACUGAGAGAUACUCUUGAGUCUGAGAUGAGAGCAUUUAAUAUUGACAGAGAACUUGGCAGUGCUAACGUUAUCUCAUGGAACCAUCAGGAGUUUGAGGUAAAAUAUGAGUGCCUUUCUGAAGAAAUAAAAAUAGGGGAUUAUUAUUUAAGAUUGCUUCUGGAAGAAGAUGAAACUGAAGAGAGUGGAGCAAUCAAAAAAUCAUAUGAAUUCUUCAAUGAACUCUACCAUCGCUUCUUGCUUACCCCAAAAGUGAAUAUGAAAUGCUUAUGUCUGCAAGCACUGGCCAUUGUUUAUGGAAGAUGUCAUGAAGAAAUAGGACCAUUUUCUGAUACUAAGUACAUUGUUGGGAUGUUAGAAAGGUGCACUGACAGGCUUGAGCGGGACAGGCUGAUACUGUUUCUCAACAAGCUGAUCCUUAAUAAGAAAAACGUGAAGGACCUUAUGGAUUCAAAUGGUGUUAGAAUCCUUGUAGACCUGCUUACUCUGGCACAUCUUCACACAAGCAGAGCAACAGUCCCUCUGCAGAGCAAUGUGAUUGAGGCAGCACCCGAUAUGAAGAGGGAGAGCGAGAAGGAAUGGUACUUUGGCAAUGCUGACAAAGAAAGGAGUGGUCCUUACAGCUUUCAAGAGAUGCAGGAACUAUGGAACAGUGGAAAGCUGACUUCAAAAACACGUUGCUGGGCUCAAGGUAUGGAUGGCUGGCGACCAUUACAGGUCAUCCCUCAGCUGAAAUGGUGCCUGCUUGCCAGUGGCCAGCCUGUGUUGAAUGAGACUGACCUUGCCACACUCGUACUCAACAUGCUCAUCACAAUGUGUGGAUAUUUUCCCAGCAGGGAUCAAGACAAUGCUAUUAUAAGACCUCUGCCUAGAGUGAAAAGGCUGUUGUCAGAUAGUACUUGCCUUCCUCAUAUCACUCAGCUAUUACUGACUUUUGAUCCUACCCUUGUGGAAAAAGUCGCUAUAUUGCUGUUUCAUGUCAUGCAAGAUAACCCUCAGUUACCUCGUUUUUAUCUGAGUGGAGUGUUCUUCUUUAUCAUGAUGUACACGGGUUCCAAUGUACUUCCUAUCGCAAGGUUUUUGAAAUACACACAUACAAAACAAGCUUUCAAGUCUGAAGAAACAAAAGGUCAAGAUAUAGUUCAAAGAAGUAUACUUGGACAUAUUCUUCCUGAAGCAAUGGUGUGUUAUUUAGAAAACUAUGAACCGGAGAAAUUUUCUGAGAUAUUCCUUGGAGAAUUUGACACUCCAGAAGCAAUUUGGAGCAAUGAAAUGAGGCGUCUUAUGAUAGAGAAGAUUGCUGCUCAUCUUGCUGACUUCAGCCCUCGUCUUCAAAGCAAUACAAGAGCACUCUACCAAUACUGUCCUAUCCCAGUUAUCAACUAUCCACAACUGGAAAAUGAGCUGUUCUGUAAUAUUUACUACCUCAAGCAUCUUUGUGAUAUACUCAGAUUUCCAGACUGGCCAAUUAAAGACCCAGUUAAACUGUUGAAAGAUACAUUAGAAGCUUGGAAGAAGGAGGUAGAAAAGAAGCCACCUACCAUGUCAAUAGAUGAUGCUUAUGAAGUCCUUAACCUUCCUAAAGGACAAGGCCAGCAUGAUGAAAGCAAGAUCAGGAAAGCUUAUUUCAGGCUGGCACAAAAAUAUCACCCAGACAAGAAUCCAGAAGGCAGGGAUAUGUUUGAAAAAGUUAAUAAAGCAUAUGAGUUCCUAUGCACAAAGUCUGCCAAGGUGAUAGAUGGGCCAGAUCCAGAAAACAUAAUUCUGAUCUUGAAAACUCAAAGCAUCCUCUUCAACAGGCAUAAGGAAGAGUUGAAACCUUACAAGUAUGCAGGUUAUCCUAUGCUGAUAAAGACUAUUACCAUUGAAACAUCAGAUGACCUUUUGUUUUCCAAAGAAUCUCCUCUGCUACCUGCUGCUACAGAACUUGCUUUCCAUACUGUCAAUUGUUCAGCAUUAAACGCAGAAGAACUGAGAAGAGAAAAUGGAAUUGAGGUAUUGCAAGAAGCAUUUAAUCGCUGCGUAGCAGUUUUGACUUGUUCUAGUAAACCAGAUGAUAUGGCUGUACAGGUGUGUGGAUAUAUUAGUAGGUGUUACAGUGUAGCAGCUCAGUUUGAGGAGUGCAGAGAGAAGAUUACAGAAAUGCCUAACAUCAUUAAGGACCUCUGUAGACUACUGUAUUAUGGCAAGAACAUACCACGAGUAGCUGCUUUAGGAGUGGAGUGUGUUAGCUCCUUUGCCUUAGAUUACUGGCUACAAACGCACUUGUUCCAAGCUGGAGUUCUCUGGUACUUACUGGGUUACCUCUUCAGCUAUGACUACACGCUAGAAGAGAGCGGUAUUCAGAAAAGUGAAGAUUCAAAUCACCAGGAGGUAGCAAAUAGCCUUGCUAAGCUCAGUCUCCUGGCCUUGAGUCGCCUGGGAGGGUAUCUCUCUGAAGAACAAGCUACACCUGAAAACCCAGCAAUCAGGAAAAGCUUGUCUGGGAUGUUGACACCCUAUAUUGCAAGGAAACUAGCUGUGGUCAGUCCUACUGAGACUCUUAAGAUGCUUAACAGUAACACAGAGAACCCCUACUUGAUCUGGAACAAUGGGACAAGAGCCGAAUUAAUUGAGUUUUUGGAAUCUCAACAAGAAAGCAUGAUUAAGAGAGGUGAUUGUGACAAGAGCUACGGAUCUGACUUUGUCUUCAGUGACCAUGCAAAGGAGCUUAUUGUGGGAGAGAUUUUUGUUAGAGUCUACAAUGAGGUCCCUACCUUCCAACUAGAGCUUCCUAAAGCAUUUGCUGCAAGCCUCUUGGAUUACAUAGGCUCACAAGCACAGUACCUUCAUACCCUGAUGGCAAUAACACAGACUGGGAAAGUAGAGUCCAAUCAACAUGGAGAUCGGUUACGGAGAGUUGAAAUGGCCCUGGAGGCUCUGAGAAACGUGAUAAAACACAACCCAGGUUCUGAGUGUGAAUGCAUAGGUCACUUUAAGUUGAUAUUUUCCCUUCUGCGUGUUCAUGGAGCUGGCCAGGUGCAGCAGUUGGCUCUGGAG